AGGCGGUCUUUCAGUUAAAAUUUCAGCUCGAAUGUGUGUGUAAGUAAUGUGUUGUGGAAUGCAGUUGUGUUAAAUGUGAGAUAUGUGACUGCAAUUAGGGAACGGGUCGUUGUUCAUACAUAGGUGAGCUCUGUGGCUCCGGCUCUUAGCUACGUGGGUCUGCCGGAGAGACGGCGGCGUGAGGAGAAACUGAGGCGAGGCGUCGGAGACUGUAUGGACUUCGCUGCUGCCGGGACAUAGAGGCACUUCGACUGUGCUUCGGCUAUUUGAGCGGCGGGGGACGGAAGAAAGAAGCAUUUAGCCCAGAGAAAGGCCCAGAAAUAAUGUGUGUGUGACGGGCCCCCCCCAGCUUCGCCGCGGCUGCUCUGGGCUGUGCAGACGAGGGAGGGAGACAGGGACGCGGCGGAGCCUCCUACCCAAGACCGGGGUUUCACCCUUUAGCACAGGAAUUCAAAAACGCUCAUUAAACUCCUCCCGGUCUUGUGCUCCACCAGGGUUUUCGGUGGAAAAGGUUGGAGAUUGAGGAGAUUCUUCUUACUGCUUAAGGGACAAGAAUGUCUGAAGAACAUGCUGAGGCACAGCGACGAGCACAACAAAAUUCUCAGACACAAAACCAGUUCCCCCACCACACAAUGUCUCAUCACCCAGGACAGACAUCCCUCUUGCAGGGUUACGGAUCUAGAAUCAGGGGUGGUGCAGGUGGAAAAGGACUGCAAAGUAAUGCUAACAGUAGCAGUAGUCAUCUGAGUGACAAUCCAUACCAAAAAGAAGUCAUGGAGUAUUAUAUGGCAACAGGUGGAAAAGAUAGGCAAAGGAGAGGGAGCCAAGGAUUGGCAUAUGGGUCAGGUUUUGGGUAUCCAAAUGUAGAUGGACAAGUGCCUCCCCAGUAUCGACAUCCUGGAAAUGGUCCAGGUUCUUCUGGGAUGUCUCAGUAUCAACUGGACUACAGUGCUCGAUCUGGCUCUGGUGGAAGUAGCAGCAGUAGUAACUGUGGUACUGGAACCUUUUCACCCUCCCACCAAUACUGCUUAAGUCAAAAUUCCUCCAUCCAUUCUACACCUGGACAUCAGACACAACCACGACAGCAAGGCCAGAAUUACCCUUCAGGUCAAGCCCUUCCUCAAAGACAGCAACAAAGAGGUUAUCCCCUUUCUGGACACAAACACCCUGCUCAGUUCUCCCAGUACCCUUCAGCAGGUACAACUCCAGGAUCUACUGGGGUAUAUAAUCUUUCUCAACAGAGGUAUCAUGGUAAUGCUGGCAGUUACGAGUCUGAAGUUACUAACUCUGUUAGUGCUAACAAAAAAGCUAAUUCAAAUCAUACUUCAGUUAAGUCAAACAACAUACCACAGUUAGACAGUAUUAGGAAGGGAUACCUAUCUUCUAAUUAUCCGUUGUAUGAUUUCCAUGGUUCUCAGUCCCUUUCCAAACACUCAGUUUACCCACAUCGUUACAGUCAGCAUAAUUUGAAACCCGAUUAUGAUGCAUCCAUGAAAAUUCACUCAUCCAGUUUACACCAAACUCCUGCCAUACCUUACCCUAAACAUCUCAAUACUUACACUGGCUCCUCAAAUUCUCACAGUUCCUCUAUACCUCAGUUCUCUUCUCAAGAAAUCUCAAAAUCUUUAGUCCAGUCUCAAACUCAGCAGCCCCAAGUCCAUCAGAACUUCAGCCCAGUAUCUAACCCAUCUCCAGCAGCCUCUGGAUUGCAGUCACCAAGCUGUAGUUCAUCACCAUCUCCACUGAUGGGUGUUUCAGAAGGUUCUAGAAACUCCGUUACCCCUAGCCAAGUAACAUCACAAACUCCUCUCCCAAACUCUCGAAACACUCACACCCGAUUAUUGCGAGCUACGCCUCAGUUGAGCCCCACACCCAGUUCCAACAGCAGCAUCAGCAGUUGUGGGAGCAGUGUAGUUAAUGUAAAUACUACAAAUGUAAAAGCAACUGCAGGAGAUGCUCAUAUUGGGUCCACUCAAAGCCAAAUGGGAAAAGGAGGGAUAAGUGAAGAAAAUUUGUCUUGUCCAUACCCGUUGUCUGUUGACAAGUUAACUAGGGAGCCAGAGAUCAAUAGUCUAAAUGCUUUAACUUCACAGGUGGCUAAUUUGCCUAAUAUUGUACAAGAUAUGCAGGUUUCUCAAAACAGGGGCAAAGAUAAUGAUAGUCAGCAAAAGGGUAGAGGAGGUGGUAAUGAUUGUACUAAUGCAGCAAAGGAUGGAAGAAGGGAUUCAGGAGACACUAGUGAUAGUGUAGUGGUGGAAAGCCCAAUAGAGAUAAAACAGGAAGGGGAAGAACAGCUUUUAGCAGGGGAGGGUGGGAGAACUAGGCAAAUUAGUGGAGUGAAUGAGUCCAGCAAUGUCACUUCCCAUACUUCAUCAAAGAAUCAGGUGAAACAAGGUAAAAAUGGUUGUCAUGAUCUGUCAGAUGUAGAAACUGGAACAUUGAAAAAACACAACCAAACACUGAGCUGUUUAAGAGGAAGGGAACAUCAUCUCCAUGAUGGAUCUUCUAAAUUUCCCUCUUCACAAUCUUCCCUACCUUCCUCAGUAGAGUGCAGUCAAAACCUUCCUCCUUCCUGCAAAUCUGCUCCUUGCAUGUCUACCUCCAUCAGUCAGUCUCCUAAAGUGAUGUCUUCAUUUCACUCUAACUUUGCUGUGGGUCUGAAUCAGAAAACGAAUGUUACACACAUGGAGAAAAAUGAAAGGAAUGAAGACCACAGUGAAAAAGAUCCAGAUGGAAAAACUUCUGAGAAAUCAGAAGAUUGGAAAUGCAACUUACCCAGAAGUGAAAGUGAGAAAUCCGAGACCUGUAACAAGCAGAGAGACAAAGAAUUAGUGAAUCACUCACAGCCUUCAAGUUUAAAAAGUGGUGAUGAUGAUGGAGAAAAUGUCAAAAUGCUAAAAGUUAUUAGUACGGGGGAAUCCCAAAAUACAGGAGGAGUGGGGGUGAUUGUUUCUCCCCAUUCUGAGACACCUCAGUCAGAAACUUCAGUGGAAUUAUUUCGAGAUAACCCUUCUAUCCCACAACAUUUGAUGGAUCAACAUCAAAAUCCAGAUAAGGCAUGCUCUCUCAGUGUCUCUAAGGACUCCAGAUGUCUUAAUGGGGAAAGUGAAGGUAGUCUGUCUAUGAAACCAUCAAUAAAUGGAACCAAUUUUCCCUUUAAAUCAGGUUGUGGGCCAUGCAUACUUCCACAGUACAGAUCUGGAAAUCAAAAGUCACUGCAUGCUUAUUCUGAGUUACAUGAUGGGAAUGAGAUGGACUUACAGAAAAGAGGAAGCUUAGGGUUCAAUCCAGGAAAAGAAACCAACUUAAAAUACCAUGGUCAACAUCAUCCACCACUCAAUUAUAUCCCUGGACAAAGAAAGGAACUGGACCCAAUAGGUACAGUGAGACCAAAUAGAAGAGGGUCAGGAAGAAGGCAAGAUAUUAAUCCACAGCUACAACAGCCGCCACCGAGUCUCUUGAAAGAAUUCCUCCAAGGCUACAACUUAAACAAAUCAUAUGACCAUGCUAAGAAUUCUGUUCAAGUUUCUAAUAUCAAACCUGAAUCUCAAAAUAUCUCUCCUAAUCUCUCACUUUCUAGACAUUCUUAUGGUGUGGCUGGAAGUACAGUAUCCCACAGUCAAACACAUCAAACUGUAAUUGAUGGAGACCACCACGCUUCAAUUCAGAGAGCAGUGCCUGGGAAUGAUUACCCUCUAAAUCUAAAACAAGGUAGUAAGAUUGUUGAUGAGCAGGAUCCACCCCUUCAUUCUUGGGGUACUAAUGAUAUAGAAGCAGAAAGGACACAUUGUGAUUCUUCAGAGAAAAGCGAAGAAGUGAUAUCUCCAAAUCACUCAGCAUUAAAUUUACAGCAGACCUCAGAAUCUUCUCAACUACUCCCUUCAAAACACAUUAACUUAGCUGACUACUCUCUACCCCACCGAAAAACCUCAAAUUUGUUGACCCCAGCUUCUGCUGUGCAGCAAUUACUGCUACAAGUUACUGAACCCUUAGUGAACAAUAAUUUAUCUGUGAAUCAAAAUCGACCUCAAAAGUCAUCAUCCUUGCCAUCUUCCGUUUUAUCCUCAGAACGCCGUUCAGUCAUCUGUGAUGUGUCCUUCCAGACAACUUCUGAAAAGCAAAAGAAAAACAAAGAACAAGAGAAAUCUAAACAAGCUGCAAUGCCUGGAUCAUCUGUUAUUCAGCAGUCACUUUCUGCCUCUUUGGCUAUUCUGGAUGGUAACAUUAAGGAGGAAGAAGGAGAAGUAAAGAUGGAUACUGAAUGCCAUGCUUCAAAGAAGUCUCUUGAUGAGACUGAUAAUACUGCCUUUUAUACUAGGCAUAUUCCAGCUAAGAAAAGUCCUAUCCAGCAGCAAAACAGAUCUCCAUUUCUGCCCAUUGAAAAAUUAUCUGACCCUCCUAAUUUACCUACUGGAGAGAAUAGGAAUGUAAGUUUGGCCAGUGUCAACCCUUACCACUCCCAUCAAACACCUCAUCUCCAAUCUUCAUCUUCAGCAAGAUGCCAUUCAAAUUUUCCAGCUGUUGAUGGACCUAGCUGUCAUUCUGGAUAUGGAUUAGAAAAUGUAGGACAGGGAAGUUCCUUUCAUCCCCAAAUCUCUUCUCAACAACAUUUACCUUCCAAAUUUCAGCUGGAAAACUCUGAAUUCACUAACAAAUUACAAAGGUUUUCUCAAUUGCACCCUCUCCAGUACUCUAACUCAGAGGAGAAAUUGGAGUGUGCAACCUCAAACAAGAAUAGAUACUCCAUGGAAAUAGUGAUGGGUGUUAGUGCUGGUGUAGUUGGUCGCCAAUACCAAAGCCCACCAGGAAUAGGCUCUCAAACAUUGCAUUUUGCCCCUGAUGUCCAGCAGCAAUUCCCUCAACAGGGUAGUUAUGAUGUAUCACAGUAUGGAAGAGAAGGUAGAAGAACACUUGACAGUGAUACCUACCACACAAACAAAACUGGUGCAAUUAUUCCUCCAUCAGACCCUUCAUCUGGGGUAACAGAAAAAGUGGUCAAAUUAUUCCAAACAAUACCUAUUUCAGGUGCUCACAGUCAGUCUAGUAAAGAUGUUCAUUUAAUGACUCAGCAGGGCCAUAAGCAGAAAACAGAACGCAGUGCUGGAGAGCCUAACCCAUUAAUGAUGAGAAGGAGGGUUCGUUCUUUCAUCUCCCCAAUUCCGGCAAAAAGACAGCAUCAGGAUUUGUCACAGCAGCAGCAACAAAGGAACACUACAAGUCGUUAUCAGUCUCCAUUGCAGAACUCUGCCCACAGACAUCAUGAUACUGACACAUCAAGUCCAGAGGUAUCUUAUUCAAAGUUAGCCUUACCAGAAACUGGCUGUCCUUCAUUAACUCAAAACUUGUCUUCAGCACCCACUUCACCUCAAGGGAAAACUAAAAUCUUGCCAGCCAGGAAAGGCCGUGGUUUGAAAUUGGAAGCAAUUGUGCAGAAAAUUACACCCAAUGUUAAAAAAACAAUCAAUAAUAACAGGAGUUACACAAAUUCAGCACCAGGCACUCUUUCUGACUUGACUGUUGGAGAUCCAAUUCAUUAUAAUGCUGGGAGCCAGGAGUCUGGUGAUGGGGAAAAUUUACCGAAACUCAUAACUGGGCAUGGGAAUUCCAGUUCUUAUGCUGAUGAAGGUUUAUCCUUGGAGGAAAUUAUGUCCUAUAAAGGAGUUGAAGAGACAGGCCCACUUGCACCCACUGCCUACCCAUGUGAGCCUCAGCAAAAUCAACCGAUUCUUCAUCAUGGAAACUCAGGGAAUUUCAGCAGGUGUACUGGUGAGAGUUUGAAGGGUUUAGAUUUUGGGGCCGAAGCCCUUGAUUCUCAGUUUACAGAAAGAGAAUGUGAAGGAGGACGUUGCAAGGAUGGCCAAAGAAUGCAUCCUGAUUUCUCACUCCUGGGACCCUUACCUCCACCACCACCAUUACCUUGUCCAGUGCAAGGAUCUCCCCCUCCUUCAUCCUCAGUAUUGUCUGAUUUUCAACAUUUUACUAGUACUUACCAACAACUGGAAACUCGGAGAGGGGAAGACACAACAGCAAACUUUCUGAGAAGGAAGCUGAAUGAAACUGGAAUGACAUUGGGUGUAGAUGAUUAUGUAGACACAGAUUUUUUUGGAUCCAGCUCAUUUCACCACAGCCAGAAUUCAGGCCUCUGCCUAUUGACAAGACCCCCAAACAGCCAGCAAUUACACCAGCAACAUCAUUUUGCUCAAACUGUAUCUUCGAUGAAAAGUCCAUCGCAGCUAAGUGAAGCACGACCUCUUGAGAAUGUUGUUCCAAAGGGUUAUUUUCCUUCAGGAAAGAAAAAAGGGCGGCCUGUUGGUAGUGUGAAUAAGCAGAAGCGUAGUCAAAGUCAAACUCAGAAUACAUCUAUUAGUGCACCACCUGUGUUGUCUACAUCAGUGCAGAUGACUACACCAACACCUGCACAUACUGUUUCUCCAGAAGUUGUUCCAGUCACAACAACUCCAAUUCCUGUAACUCAUCCUGCAGAUAGUGAGGGCCCUUAUGAGGUUUCCUCUACUGAUUGUCAAGUGAAAAUUGAUACAGAAAAAGAGAAUGCAACAGCCACAGUUGAGUUGGAACCAACCAGACCUAUUCAACAGAACAAGAAUGAUGAGAGUCAAGGAAAUGGCAUAGAGGACAAACAGAGAAAGAGAAAAAGAAGGGUUGCUGCACUGAUGGGUAAAGAGGUGCUCCAGUCUAGUACAGGAGCUGAAUUUCUCUCUGUAACUGAAAUUUUUGCAGAUCACAAGACGUUUGUUUUUGCACCUUACAUUCACGUUGAGAGAAAGGUAAAGGAAAUUGGUGCUGUAUGUACUAUAGUGAAUGAAGAGCUAGAUAGGAUAAAAUGGGAGAGUGGAGGAGAAAAAGGAAAAGAAGGUGGAAGAUCUGAUAUUGUUUUGGAUUCAACUCUUUCUUCUGAUCUUACAAGAGGGAAAAGAGAUACAGAGAUAUUGAAUAAGGAGCCAAAGGUGGAACAGGAUCCCAUGUCUCUUCAGUCCUGUACUGCAGGAAAGACAAUUCCUUUGUCUGGGUAUGUGCUCUCAGGACCUCUAAUGACUGAAUCCAGUAAUGUUGGCCAUCUUUUGUGUUGUUUGUGCAAGAAAUGGGCUAAUUACAAAAAUUUAGGAGAUCUUUUUGGACCUUACUAUUCCCCUGAAUAUGUGGCAACGCUCCCAAAGAAUCAACCUCAGAUUAGGCACACCCUAGGUACUACAAAAGUUUGUAACAAGGGGGUGCUUUUAGAAACACCUGUCUUGGAAUCAAAUAAAAAGGAGAUUCAACAAACAGAAUCACAAACCGCUAAGUCUGCAGUGGACUGCACAGAAAAAGAAGUAACACAUCUGGUGUCUCAUGCUGCUGCAACAGCUCCAGUGGAUGAAUGGGAAAUGCCUGAUGUCUUGGAAAAUAUCUGUAAUGUCUACACUGACAGGGAAGUGGCACAAAAAAAUGACCUGAUAAAUGAACCCAUCACACCACUGAAACAACAUGAACAGAUGCAGACAGAAGAAUCACUGCAGAAUGGACCGCAGCAGACUGAAGACAUCCAAUACAGGCCACAGCACAGGAAACUAACCUCUCAUCCACGGUUCAAAAGGCGACACAGAUCUAGUGAAGAUUUACUCAAGACUGGCCCCAGUAACUUUAAAGCCUUGCUGCCAUUCCAACCUCCUCCUCAGCUACCUAACCAGGACCCCUCAGAGCCUUUUGUGCAUUUGUCUCAGCUUCCUGAAAUCCCCCUUGACCCAGAAGAAUUGUGGGUUCAUGAGGGAUGUAUAGCUUGGGCCAGUGGGGUGUUUCUGGUCAAUGGGCGGCUGUAUGGCUUACAAGAAGCACUAGAUGGCGCCAGGGACACAAGCUGCUCAUACUGUGGGCUUGUGGGUUCAACGCUUGGUUGCUACAGUAAAGGCUGCUCUCUGAGCUAUCACUACUUAUGUGCCAUAGAGGCAGACUGUUCUCUGAAUGAAGACAACUUUUCAAUGCGAUGUCCAAAGCACAAGAUCCCACAGAAGAGUGGACCAGAGAAGGCCCUCCACCCAGAGCAAUCUGAGAGAGGCUCACAGAACCACUGAAAGAGACACCAGCUCCUGGGACCGGUUGCAUGGAACAAUUAAAGUUUAAAAAUAAAAAAAUAGAAAACUUCAAACAAGCCCCUUGAUCACAACAAAUGGAUAUGGAGAUAAGUGUAUGAAUUAGGAAAACAAGUAUUAUAUAAAAAGAGUAAACCUGCUGAGGAACAGGGGAACUCAAUAACAGAAACAUGUCUGUCUUCACUUUUUAAAAGUUUAAAAGAGAAAAAAUUUUAUGGAAAACCUCAACCAGCACAGUGAAACAAUGACCAGAGGAAAGAGGGGCUGAAGUGUGGAGUCAGAGAAAGGAAGGAAUGACCAGCUUCCUCACUGAUGGACUUUGAAUGUGAAAGGUUUUUGGUUUGGUUCACCUUUCUUCUUCUCUUUUACAGUUUACUUUUCUGUAAUAUUUUGAAAGUCCAAAACGUGUACAUUUGAAGUUUAUUAUGUUUUGACCAUUGAAAAUAAAUUCUUUGUAGGAAAGAAAUGGAAGAAGCAGCUACAUUUGACCUAUAACAUUAGUAUAAUAAUAAUAAUAAUAAUAAUAAUAAUGAAAGAUAACACACAACACAGGGCAC